UCUACUCAAAUAACUUAUUUGAGUAGAUUAGGUGUUUAAUUUGCUUCUAAUCUAAUUACCGGGAGAUAUUUCCAUUUUGGAUUAUUUUGAAGUUUGAUCAUUCUUCACUGGAGGAUAUUUUUCCACUUUUUCCCAAUAAAAUCUCCGAAUUGCUCUGAAAAUAUCUUCUAAAUCUAGAGAAAGUUCUAUUGAUUAGUGACACUACCUCCGACGACCAACUAUGACCGCCGUCGCCGUCGCCGUCGCCGAGGACAACGACGUUCUGGACACGCCGUUACUGGGUGCGGAGCGGGCCAAUCUGCUGCACCGUAUCACGGAAGAAGGCGGCUACGCUUACGCGAGAAUGGAAGCGCAAGCGGCCGGAGGCGAUCCUAAGGCGGCGGAGGCGGCGAGGGAGAUGGCCUGGGAGCAGCUGCAUUCCGGUCCGUGGCAUUCGGUUGUCCCCGUCUGGAGGGACGCGUACUCCUUAGCGUGUCUCCACGUGGCCAGGCUCCAUUACGCCGCCGGCGAGUUCUGCCAGGCGAUUCGAGCUCUCGACAUGGGCAUCAUCAUGGGCGGAUUGACCCUCCGAGACGACUUGAAUCUCGCAAUACGAAAGGCCACUAGAAAAGCCAGCAGUUCUCUAGAAGCUUCUCCAGCAAAUGAUCAAUUGGAACAAACGCAUAGAAUAGUUUCUCGAGAUCUUAGCACAGAAGAGGUAAUGCGGAUAUUGCCUAUAAAGUCACUCUCUUGUAAAAUGGUUAGCAAAAGGUCUGCAUUAUCAUUGGAAAGCUUCCUAAGGGACCAUUUUUUAACAGGUUCACCUGUUAUAAUAAAAGAUUCAAUGGAUCAUUGGCCAGCAAAAAGCAAGUGGAACAAUUUGAGCUACUUACGUAGCAUUGCCGGAUUUCGUACUGUUCCAGUUGAGGUAGGAAAGAACUAUUUGUGCUCAGAUUGGAAACAAGAGCUGAUCACAUUCUCUGAGUUUCUAGAGAGGAUUCAGAGCAAUGGUUACGCUUUCACUGAAACUACAUACCUAGCUCAGCACCAGUUAUUUGAUCAGAUCCAAGAGCUAAAGCAGGACAUUCUUAUCCCUGAUUACUGUUUUGCUGGAGGUGGGGAAAUCAGGUCGCUUAAUGCUUGGUUUGGCCCGGCUGGUACAGUGACACCAUUGCAUCAUGACCCUCAUCAUAAUAUACUUGCUCAGGUGGUUGGCAAAAAGUAUAUUAGACUUUACCCUGCCACACUCUCAGAAGAGCUUUACCCACACACUGAGAGAAUGCUAUGCAAUUCCAGCCAGGUGGAUCUCGACAACAUGGAUGAAAGCAAAUUCCCAAAGAUGGCAGAGCUCGAGUUCCAAGAUUGCAUCUUAGAGGAAGGGGAGAUGCUAUACAUACCCCCAAGGUGGUGGCACUACGUUCGCUCUCUCACCACAAGCUUCUCGGUCAGUUUUUGGUGGAGCAAUGCCGACAAAGGUUCAUGAGGUUCACACUUAUUCUUCUUCUCAAUUCUUUUGUGUCAUAACUUAUAGUUUAAUUUGUUUUUCUUUUGUGCAACACAAAACAAGUUAAUGUGGGGUUUCAAUUGUACCGUUAUCCCUCUUGCAAUUCUUCCCUUUGGUUCUUCCUUUUCUUCUUCUUGAUUGGAAACAUGGGAAUUAUGG